UUGAACUCAGAGAUCCGAGUGCUGGGAUUAAAGGUGUGCGUCACCACUGCCCGGCUGAGGCAUUUUUCCUAAGAAUGGGAACAACGGGUCUGCCUACACAUUUAACAUCUGUGUGCUCGCUGCAGGCAGGUACUGUUCUGAGGGCUGGGGACAAUAAGGUCCUAGCUUCAUGAGGCUCACAGAAGGAGCAGAUGAUGAGGGGAGGCUGACAUAGUAGGUGGGUGAGCAAGCAUUAGCUCAAGAUGACACUAUUCCCAAGUGCCCUCAUUCAGAGCCAUGCAAGAAUAGGCAUUACAGUCUUGUUCCCAACAACAAAAAUAUGGGCACCGCAGCCAUGACUGUGGGAACAUGGAGAUAUCUUUAAAAUGUUGAGUAAGGUAUAUCUCAGAGGACUUCAUCUCACUUAACACUAUUAUUAUUAUUACUAUUAUUUAAAAAGCACUGUUCAGGCACGUGAUGUCCAAAUUGGGAUUGAAAGGAGACAAGUCCAUGUGUUUGGAUCGGGGCUGUGACACCACUUUGAGUAAACUGGAGCAUAUAGAGGCCUGCUCGUGGAUAAUAAACUCAAGAACUAGAAGGGCAAAGAAAGAUGCCAGGGACCACCUGUCAGCCUGGCAGGAGUGUGCACAGAUCAUUACAUGUCCGUGUUGUGUGGAGCGUGAGGGGAAGGGGGCUUCCCGGGGGAUGAGUGUGUCCUCAGAAGGAGCACCUCUGAGGAGCUGUGGGAGGGUUCAGGGACUUGAACAGGUAGUGCCUGGUGGAGUACAGGUCUCAGAGCUCUCUCCUUGGAGAAGGCUGCCCACAGCCCAGUGCAGUACGGCCGCAAAACUCGGACCUUUUCUUCAUCAGCUAGCAAAGCCUCGCCUGUAGGAAGAAAACAGCCUUAGUAGGGGGAGCUGGGAAGCCUGCGAGUUCCUGCUCCCUUCUCAAGUUGGAGUGUAAAUUCCAGAUCUACAGAUCUUGAGUUUAUGUCCUGUGGAUUUCUGACAGAUCCUGCAUUUCUGAAGCUACCAUGCUGAUCAAAGUAUAGAAACUGCAUCCCAGUAGCUUCCUGCCAAGAUUUUCAACCUUGGUCACCAUUGCUCAGAUGUUGUGGUCACUUCUCUUUUAAAAGACAUUUUCCCUUGAAACAGCCCUAGUGGAGGGGGGGGGUCUCACACUCUGGAGACCUUUGUCAGAGCCCCUAAGCUUGAGGCUAGCGUUGGCACUGGGUAAAGUGGCCCUCGGGCUCACCAAGCUCUGACUUGACCAUAUCAAGACUAUCAGGACACAAGGGCCCCAAAGCCUAGGCGCCAGCAGUACAGAUCAAUUAUCCCGGCUCCAUGAAGUCAUUAUUGGGCCCUUGGGCACAGUGACUGUGCCAGAGAGAGGGUACUAUUGAUGCAAAUCAGUGAGCAGAUGAUCUCAAUCUAUAGGCACCACCUGACUUGCUGGGAUCUAGCAAGCAGGCCAGUUACCUCAGGCUUCUCUCUCAGCCAGCCAGAUACUCUAGGUGUGGGCCGGAUGGGUAUGGCCCAGGGACUGAUACUAUUUCGUCAACAUUCCCUAUUCUCAGUUGUGGGGAAGGAGAUGAGUCCAAAGUUGUGGUUAAUAUAAAUGAUACAUGUGUUUGGCUUUGCCAUGUGCUCAUAUGCUUAACUCCUCUGUGGUCAGGAGUGUCUCAUGGUAGAGGAAACUACAGUGGAGGAACCUGAGUCAGCCUCCUCUUAGGCUGCCUUCUCUCCAGCCAAAGAAUCUGAGUUUCAAAGAAUGUCUUACCGAGCUGGGGCUGUGGCCAUAGACUGAUAUAAAUAGAUGUCAGCCAGACUACAUGUGUUCACACUAGUUGAGAACUUGCAAAUGAGGUUUGCCUCAAGGAGCUUUGCAACAUGGUGCUCGAGGACACUGCUUUUAUGACGGGCAGACAGACUGUGUUCUGCAGGCCAUGUACUAGCUGAGGACCCUCACCCCCACCCCACCCCACCCCCGGUUAAUCAGUUUCACCGAGGCUGAUUACUCAUCUGUAACCUGAAGACCAAAAAGUCCUUAGGCAUGGGACAGAUGGGCUCGGCAGGUAAGGGUGCUUGCUUGCUACCACACCUGGCAACCUAAGUUCAGUAUCCAAGCCUCAUGUGGUGUAAGGAGAGAACAAACUCCUGCAAGCUAUCUGCUAAACACCCACACACACGUAAACAUUUUAAAGAAUUCUUAGGACUCACAAAGAAUCCAGUGAGACAUUUGUGAGGCCCUUUGUGUGAGCACCAGCACAGAUUCGGAGCUGAGAGAAAUCGGUGCACCCUCUCUGGCUUAUACCCAGGUAACCAGUCCCUGGCUUCCUACUUGGGGAGGGGUGGUGAAGCAUCCCUGGACUAUCCAGUGAAAGGAACUAAUGAUGUUAGGAAAUCCAAACUCAUGGGAGCAGACCCCUGCUCCAGAGACCACUGUGUGGCCAAAGCCAGGUGGCAUCCAGAGUGUCAGGAAAGAAGGGACUGAGGUCACUUGGCUGUGAGACUCUAGCUGAUCUGGGACUACUGAGGCAGCCAGUCCCUGAAUACUGAGCAUUUGUCACAGGCCAAGCACAGUUUUGGUCCGGAAGGAACAUCAGUCUUUGAUAGGCGGCACCACACUCCACUUGGCAGAGAGAGAGAGAGAGAGAGAUGCUGACCGGUCAGAACCUACACAUGGACAUCUUUCUUGGGACCUAAAACCUAGAUCUAGCAGGUAAAAGGGUAAGUUACUGUAGGUCUGGCUGUGUCUUGAACUGCCAUUCUGAUCAGAAGUCCUGAUCAUCAGCAACUGAUGAACCCUCACAUAUGACUCCCAAGAAAGCCCUGAUUUGGGAGGCCACACUCCUCCCUCAGCCACCACAGGAAUUCAGUGCACAUGUGAGCCUCGGCUCACACAAAGGCCUCACUGGCUAUGAAAGAAACAUGAAUCUAAGGCCAGGGACAAGGACAGCAAAUACAGGGACCCACAUGACUGCCCCCCUUCCCCACACUCUGGGCAGACAUCAAUAAUUGAUGGCAGCUGUCUUCGUGGCAUGAUCUCCCAGUUGUAUAUAAAGGGAGCCUUCCAGGCCCAAAUUAAGGUACCAUGCCAGGCAGAAAAUGUUGACACCCAUGUAAAGAACAUUUUUUGCCCUUCCAUGUUCAUUCUCAAAAACCCUGGGGGCUGAGAGACACCACGUGUGUGAUGGUUGGGAGUGUUCCCAUUUGACAGGUUAACAGACAGGAAGAGGUCAGUACCUGGGUGAGGGUAUAUAUACAGGACAUGGGAAGAGAUCAGGUGUGAACAUAGAAGACUUCGUGGGGCUGUGAGUAUUUUGGGUGCAGUCUCCAGCACGGAGCAUCCAUUGCCAUGCCUCAGAAAAUUGAGGAAAUAGAGGACUUUCUGCUCACAGCCCAGCAGAAGGAUGCCAAAUCUGUCAAGAUCAAGAACAAGGAUAACAUGAAGUUCAAGGUUCACUGCAGCAGGUACCUUUACACCCUUGUCAUCACAGAUAAAGAGAAGACUGAGAAGUUAAAACAGUCACUGCCCCCUGGUUUGGCAGUGAAGGAGCUAAAAUGAACCAGACCUCUGUGUUUUGACUAUGAAAAGUCAAGAAAAGAGAGAAAGCUAUGUGGAGGCCCAUGUUGAACCCCAUGUGAUCUUGAUCUCUAUUAAACGUGUGGGGCAAAAGUGAGUUUAGCUGCACCCACCACCCAGCUUUGAGCAACUGGGGAGGUUGU